AGUGAUAAUAGUUUUUAUAUUGAAGCUGAUUAAUGGUACAUUUGCCUGUAGCCGUUUUUAGAAUCUAAUGACAUGAACAAUGAGCAAGUUAACUGAAUAAACGGUGGUUGCUCCUUGAAUAUUUAUUUAUUGAUGAACUUAUUAAUCCAAUUAUUAAUAUCAAAUGGGAUUGAUUAUUGAUGGUUUUCCACAUUGAAGACAAGAUGCCUAAUUGUGAGGUUAGUCACAUGCUAAUUUGAUUUCAUAAAGGUAUUAUUACAAAAGAUAAUCAACUAUAACAGAAAUGCAUGUACACAUGAAUGCGUAAGAAAACAAGAUUCUCUUCACUAUUUCAUUUUUUUGGGACCCGAAAUGUUUAAAAUGAUACAUGAAUGCGCAUGCCUUAUCGUAACUCAUAGUUAAGGAGAGUUGUAUCAUUGUCACGGUCGUGUUAUAGUCCAAAUUUAGUGUAUGAGGGAAUUGUACAUUAAAUAUGGGUGAACUACUAUCAACAUACAUACAUGUAUCCCUACGUAUCUAAGUCACAUAAACAUUCAACCUCCAAAUCGUAUUAUUAUAGUCCAACAAUCACUUAAAUCAUCAUUACUCAUAAUCAUUGAUUACAAAUAAAUUAAGUGACCCACUUGAAGUAAUGAUGUACCAUCCUGUGUUACCCCCUAAACUCAAUACCCCUCCAAAUUGUUUAUUAUAAUCAGUAAUAAUUCUUUUCUUUUGUAAAUCUCAGGUCUACCACGACACUCAUUCAUAUAAAAGGCAACCUUUAGUAUGCUAUCAAACAUAAAAAAGAAGAGCCCAAAAAGAAGAAGAAGAAAAAUGGGGAAAGUAGUGUCAGAGAAGAUGAAGCUUGUGGUGGCAUUGAUCACACUUCAGUUCUGUUUUGCAGGCUUCCACAUUGUCUCAAGAGUUGCUCUUAACAUUGGUGUCAGCAAAGUUGUGUACCCUGUUUACAGGAACCUUCUUGCCCUUCUCCUUAUUGGUCCCUUCGCUUACUUCCUCGAAAAAAAGGAAAGGCCUCCACUCACUAUCUCUUUACUAGUUCAGUUUUUCCUCUUGGCACUCAUUGGAAUCACAGCAAACCAAGGAUUCUAUCUAUUGGGACUGUACUAUGCAACUCCAACGUUUGCUUCCGCAAUGCAGAACUCUGUUCCUGCCAUCACUUUUAUCAUGGCUUGUUCCCUAAGGUUAGAGAACAUAGACCUGGUAAGAAAACACGGUGUGGCCAAAGUAUUGGGAACCCUAGUCAGCAUCGGUGGAGCUACAGUGAUCACACUGUACAGAGGAUUUCCGAUCUUUCACAAGAGCCAUAACAUGCACGAGGAGGAGAGGGUGGAAACUAACUCAUCGUACAACUGGUCACUCGGAUGGUUAUACCUAAUGGGGCAUUGUCUGUCAUGGGCUGGUUGGAUGGUUCUUCAAGCUCCUGUUCUAAAGAAGUACCCAGCAAAGCUUACGUUAACAUCGUUCACUUGUUUCUUCGGUCUGGUUCAGUUCCUAGUCAUUGCUCUGUUUGUGGAAACUGAUCUCAAUAACUGGAUCAUCGUGUCUUGGGAAGAGCUCUUCACCAUCCUAUAUGCGGGCAUAAUAGCGUCAGGGUUGGUGGUCUAUCUUCAAACAUGGUGUAUCUACAAAGGCGGUCCUGUCUUUGUCGCAGUCUUUCAGCCUCUCCAGACACUUCUUGUCGCUGCAAUGGCGUUUCUUGUUCUUGGUGAUCAGUUGUACUCUGGAAGGAUUGUUGGUGCAGUGUUCAUAAUGUUGGGACUGUACUUGGUUCUCUGGGGCAAAAACGAAGAAAGAAGACAAGUGCUUGAAGAGACUACUCCGCAAGAUCCAGAGUCUCUGACCAAACAUCUUCUUGAGGCACAAGACAAGAAGACUAAUGCUGAAUCUGAAGUGUAAAAGUUUUUACACUUUGCAAUAUUUCUCUGUACAUACACACAUGAACUUGACCAAAACACACAGGCUCCUCUAGUGGGUCUCUCAUACAAUGCAUAUUCUAGUUGUUUAUUUUUUAGUUGCAAUCAAAAACUGGGUUGCGCAAUAAAUCUAUGAAUAAAUGAAAAAUAUAUAAUUGAAUCAA